AUGUCUCAGCAAAGCACACCCGUCAUCGGCGACAGCACCAGCAACAGCACCAGCAACAGCACCAGCACCGCCACCAGCACCAUUGCGCGUGCCCUUCCAUGGGUACGAUUCAACCCUGAGAUCGACAUCAAGAUCUUUCAUCCGGUCGGUCCACUCCUCGACUUCCCUGAGUACGAGAGAUACAGUCAGGACGAAUACACCGGAUCGUCUAUAGCAUCGUCUUUCGACAACCUUCUGGCCGUUCCUGGGCCACCGCCUCGUCUUUCGUGGUCAGCAUUGACCACCAAAGUGCCGUGCCGGGCUUGGGCUCUUACUCCUAGGGAGUGGAAGAUGGUCGAUACCGCUCGGCAGAAUGCCUCCACAAGUUACCGAAAAGCGAUGUAUAACGCUGCUUAUUGGAGCAGUCAGGUCGUCGCGGCCGACAUAACACGUAUGCGUAGCGGUCGAACGCCUGAUGCCACUAUUCUACCCGCACUGGACGAGGAUCCAGCAUUGAAGAGUCUCAUUAAACAGUAG